AUGAAACUUAGUAAAAUUAAAACCACAAAAUCACCGGGUCCUGACAUGUUUCCAAAUAAAAUCCUGAAAACAUUUGCCUUUGAGCUUGCCGCAGUUAUCUCAGACAUUUUCAACUCAUCCAUGACACAAGGCACCUUCCCAAAGGCAUUGAAGAGAUCUAUUGUAGUGCCUGUCCCUAAGGUAUCACCCCCAAAGAGUAUUGAAGACGACCUACGACCAAUAUCUUUAACAUCCCAGAUCGCCAAAGUUAUGGAGGAUUGUACUUUGGACAAUUUUUUCCCUGAAGUUGUAAAUAAACUUGACACCAAACAAUUUGCACUCCCAAAGAAAUCAACGACCCACGCUUUGGUCUACCUUUUACAUUCAAUCUUGGUUGCUCUUGAAAGAGGUUCCUGUACUGCCAGAUUGUUCUUUGCAGAUUUCAAGAAAGGUUUUGACCUAGUAGACCACAAUGUUAUUAUUAAAGAAUUAACCCUGCUUGGUACCCAUCCCUCUAUAAUUCGGUGGAUUAAAGCCUUCCUCUGCGAUCGCGAACAAUGUGUCCGGGUGGGAACUUCUAUGUCCUCUUGGAAGAAAACAAAUGGUGGCUUGCCACAAGGUACAAAGUUGGGUCCAUUAUUGUUUGCUGUUCUCAUUAAUUCCUUACUCAAAAACUGGCCUAGUAGGAUCAAGGUUGUGGAUGACACCUCGGCCUUAGAGAUUAUACCACGUUUUUCAUCCAGUUUAAUGCCAAAUUAA